AUGUCGGGUGGAGGCUUGCCGGUACCAGCGUCAGCUGGAGCCAUGCAGGAUGGCUUUCGAUCAGCCUUGACCAUGGGUCGAGCUCGUAUUCGAUGGGUUCUGGUGCUAGCAGUGGUCCUAUCGCUCAUGCUACUCUUUGCGGUCUUUGGAUCGGAAGAGGAUAGUUCGACAAGGCUGGGUCGUCUGCACACCUCUGCAUCAGGUCUGUUGGGACUGAACGGCAAAGUAGGAAGCAGACCGGGACCUGCGGGAGUUGCUCCCGGCGGUCUUUCGGUGGACGAAGCUCUAACGCAAGAUUUCGACCCGUGGGUCAAGGGCUCAGGGAGGACAAAUCUCACAUACCACAGCCAUUUCAACCAGGAUGAUUUGACGCUGUGCGAGGAUGAAUGCGACGCCUUCUUCCCUGGUUUGUGGAAGGAGAUCGAUAGGAGUGUCGAAUUCUUUACAAAGAAGCAACAGUGAGUAUACGCGCGUACAGCAUGCAUCGUCUAGAUGGGUGCAGCUCUUGAGUCACGUUCUGCAGCACCAACCACCGCCUGCACUUUGAGAUCGCUUCAUGUACCCUCACAUGCUGACGCUGAUCUUCAUCCUGUGAAUGCGGUCGCGAGCAGAUACAACAAGGAGUACUUGGAGUUCAGUUGCGACGAUGGCAUCUGGACGCACGCUCGCGUGGUCAUCUACAAUAACCGAAUGUACCUCAAAUACUACCAACAAUCCGACUUCACUCGGUCGCAAGCUGCUCUUGCUCUUUUGCACUUGGCUGUCAGCACGAGCAGGGAGAGACUACCGAAUGUGGAAUUUUGCAUGGGCAUGAUGGAUUGGGGCAGCAGAGGCAAAUUUUCGCUGGAUAGAGCUCCAGACUUGGAAGAUGUCUGGCUCAUGCCCGACUAUGGCUGGUGGAGUUGGCCAGAGGUGAGCGAGGCCCGCAAAGCCUUCAGAGGGCAGGACGGCUGCAUGGCAAGCGCGAGGAGAUCAGGGAGGUAUGCUGCAUGCCUAGCUGCAUCUUUGCUUAGUGCCCGGCCCUGAGUAUCAUCUGCAAAGCUUGCGGCUGACCAUCUGGACCGUUCGCUCUGCCCCACCUUGACAGCACGUCGGCUCAUACCAAGAGCUCCGCGAGAAGACUGCUAGAGUGGAGAAGGAAGUCGGCUGGGCCAAGAAGAUCAAUAAACUGAUGUGGAGGGGAAGCAUGAGGGUCGGCACGGCUGAUCGUGAAAGUCUGGUCGCAGUUGCUCGAGGUCAUGACUGGAGCGAUAUCAAGGCCUUGGACUGGGGAGGUGAGUAGCGCUGCGCGCACCCUCAGGGUACUCACCAGAAUUGACUGAGCGAUCUUGUAUGCAGAUCCUUCCACGCAAGUCUCGAUGGAGGACCACUGCAGGUGGAAGUUCCAUGGCUUCCCAGAAGGCAACACUUAUUCUGGAAGACUGCGCUACUUGCAAAACUGCAGGGUCGUCAUCGUCACGCAUGAACCUCGCUGGCUGCAGCACUGGACACACCUGUACAAUGGAGAUUGGAAGUCGCCAGAUCAGAACAUUGUCUACGUACCCAAGCCUCAAGGCGAAGGGCAAGGUGUACUGGUUCAUGAUGGGGAUGGCAAAGCAUCUUACGAUAGGACUUGGGAGCGGCUGCCAGAGACGAUGGACGCGCUCCUAGCCGACGAUGCGCACGCCAAGCGGGUCGCAGAUAAUUCUUGGACCUUUUUCAGAGAAAGGUAGGUGGAAAGCGGAGCGCUCGACGUUGACCUACCAGAGAUGCUAAGUACUUGCCCUUCUUUGCCUAUGCAGAUAUGUCACUCCUGCAAGCGCCACUUGCUACUGGCGUAAGCUCUUGUGGGGCUUUUCGAAAGUGAGUCGAGGCAGCUGUGCUCGCUGCGAUUGGAGCGAAGCUCACUUUCAAGUUGAUGUCAAUACAACAGGUGCAAAAGUAUCAGGUCGACCUCUCAGGUAGUGAGACAAGUUACGAAUCUUGGAUCUUGAAGGGUAUGAAAGGCACACGUGAGUACUGCAUGAUGAUCAGUCGCACUUGUGAUGAUGUGCGCCAAAGUUGAUCCGGUUAUUCUUGUCAAUCUCAGAUCAUCGUCGAGACGAGAAUGAAAGCCGGAAUCUAUCUGACGCGGAAGAGCAGGAGCUUGCCAAGGCUGCUUCUUACGAAAUUCUGAGACGAGCGACCAUGGAGCGAGAGCCUUGA